AAAACGAAUCUACUCUUUUAUUGGUAAUAUUUUAUCAAUGAUAUUGGACACACCGGAUGGAAAUAAAAAUCUUUUACUCUUCACGGACGACGUAAAUAAAUUAACAAAAAUUAUUUAUCGCGGAGAAAAUUAUUUGGUAAUCGAAUCAAAAAUUGAAGAUGGUUGUCGCGUACUGCUUAAUCGUGCGGAUCUCAUAGCUCCGCAGUACAUAGAAUGGGCCAUUUUUGAAGCUUGUGUUGGAAAGAAUACAUUUGUUCGUCCUACGAUACUUCAACAAUUCAAUCAAAUAUCGGAUUACUUGAAAUCGGAUUUCAAACGUGGAAAAAAUAUCGAAGAAAUGGAAAAAAACAAUACAAAAUCUCAACGAUGUAUUGUUAUCAAGUCAUGAAUUAAACAGUCCAAUAAGAUUCAUCAGUCAGCUGAAAUUACUGGCCAUAAGACAGCUAGCGGAAGAGUUUGUAAUCAAAGAAGAACCCGUAUCUGAGGUAAAAUAAUUUUAUAUAAUUAUUUAGCAUUUAUAAUUA